AUGUCAGGUGGCUAUUGUAUGGUAGUACAGUUUGGAUCUGCAGGAGCAGCCACACUCUCUAGUAAACCGGUGAGAGCAUUGUUUUUUUAACGUGGAGUCUUCAUUACUAGUUACUUCUUGCACAAACCCUUAUUCAAUUUAUAAACACUAUUUAUUACAACAUUUGCUCUAAGAGCCUAAAGGGCUCAUCUAGAGAGCUUGCGCUGUUUACAUUGAAGAUUUCAAAAACACAAAUACACGUCACAAUUGAACACUCACAAAAAAGUGAAAGAAUAAAAAGAAAAACAAAAUUGAAUGUAGAAACACAAACACACAGGCAGCAACUAACAGAAGCGAUUUAAUAGCGAAACAAACGACUGGACAAGCUGAAACAACCUAAUGAUAAUUUGAAAAUCAGCAGUAGAAGUACCAUUUAAAAGCCAAUCGAUUUUUUUGUUAUCUGAGGGACAAUGCCAUCUAUUUCCAAGUACUCCUUGUUCUUUAUUACUUUGGUAAUAAGCACACACUUUGAAGAGAAAUUGUACUUUUAUUUGUAAAUGUCUUUUUGUUGUCUACAACGUAAGGAAGAACUAUCUUAAGCAGAACACAUCAAAUAACCCCCCCCCCCCUUUUUUUGUCUUUUUCUUUUCCAUUGCACCUUAAACCUGUUCUCCUCCAAAUAAGCACGUCUGCUUGGUGGUAUAUUUCAUUUUUCCACAAGUAGGAGAGUUGUGUGUAGUAAUACAUACCAUCCAGUUUCGGAGAGUUCGUUGGCCACGACAGCUAAAUACCUUCCCAAUUCUUAAUGAUAGUAAGAGCCAACUAUGGUCGUUAACACAGAGUUUCACUUGCUGUCUCUUGCAGAUCACAUUCACAGCAAAGGCUGGUCUCCCUGUGAAGCUUGAACCGGAGACGAUGCCUGCGACUCCUACUGUUUCCAACACUCAAAGGACCAACAGCCGAACCCUGGUGAAGACACUCAAGUUACAACUUAAGGUACUAAUAUUUACUGUUUUUGGUUGUGUUCUCUCCUCAUUGUAAUGAAAAAAUGACCCCACAUCUUCAGUUACCAUUUCUUUGCGACGUCAUGCGUAUAAUUAUAGGCCAGCGUUGGUGAGCAUUAACUCUGUAGAGAAACUGGUUUGUGUAAACUUUGGGAAAAGAGUUGCAGAGUUGGUUGCCUGCAACGAUUUCGUCCGUAAUUAACUAGUCUCACUUUUAGCAGCACUGCCACUUUGAAGAUGAGUAGCAAAUCGCUGAAAAUGAGCAAAAGAAAAGAAAAAAAAAUGAACAACAAAAAGAUGAGUCCACUGACGGCGUCAAUGAAACGUAUCACGAAGGUGAUGACGAUUAUGUCACCAAGAAGUGCGUUUACGGCAUGAUGAAAGUGCAAGAGUCGAUGUCUCGUAAUUUAUUUGAAUCCAUGUCGACCAGUGUUAACAAUAGAAGUGAUGGUGUGAUCAAAGACCUGACAGAAUUGAAAUCAAGUAUUCAUAUCACCAUAAUCUUCUGUCUAGUAGCUUUCGCAACCUCUUUUUAAGUAGUAAUCGGGUUCACCAUAAUGAAACUCGACUAGCCUCUUAGUAUAGACCUCAUUUUUGUAGAACUAAUAUUAACCAGUUCAGUAUCCUUUAUCGAUGACCAACAAUCUGGAAUUCGUUGCCAAUUCCCCUAACCAGCUCUUCUUCCAUAUUUGUUUUUGGUUUUAAAAAAAGAUCUGAAAAAUUCUCUCAUUGAUAGUCGUUCUGUCGCUAAGUUUUAUGUUUUCUGUGCCCUCUGCACUCAAGUAAGUAAUUAGUAACGUUUCGUUGAUAACGUUAUUGAUUGAUUUGGUUGAUUGUUUGAUUUCGGCAGUACUCUGGCGUUGUGUUAUAUGUUUUUUGUUGGUUUGUUUGUGUAUUUAUUAUAUAUUUUUAUAUUCAUUUAUGUUUUGGAUUUAACAUAACGAACGUUGGUCGUUUUUCUCUUUUCUGAUCUGAAACCAACUAAUGUUGCAGCUCUCGUUAGUUGCUGAUCUCGCAACAACGUUAAAAAACCCUCUGCAUGUUCAAAGGUCCAUUUCAAUAUUCAACAUGGCUUGGUACACAUUUGUUGAACAACAGCUCAAACAUUUGUUGAUCAGCAAACUGGCUUUAGGCAGCCUUGAAACCAAUUUUUACUCUAUUUGCCGUUUGUUUCAGGACAAAUUCGAUAACCUGACUGGUGAGAAUCUGAAAGGAAAGGUGGUUGUCAAGGUAACGACACCAUCAGAAGGCAUUGACGAGAUCCCUGCUCUGACUGGAAAUGUGUACUCCUUGGAGGUACCCCUGGUCAAGGGCGUGGCCACUGUACAGAACCUCCUCAUUCAAGAGAACACUGCAGGCAAAGACGGACAGGAAUACCUGCUGAACUUCCAUACUCAGAUUCCUCCUAAUUCUUCGCCUCAUCCUAUUCCCGUGUUUACGUUGGCAUUCUUGUUUUACAAUGGCAAGUACUCUUCAGUUUCAUGUAGUGCUGACUUUCUUCUUCGUGAUUAACUUAAAGGAUAUCCGAUAGUUUGCUUGUUUGUUGUGUGACCUUCUUUGUUUUGAAAUAGCAAAUACACCGCGGUUUUCUGUAGUGCUAAUUUUCCUCUCCCUUAUAAAUAUUAGCACAAAUUAACAGGUGCUCGUUCUUUCUGCGACCUUUUUUUGGCAAGUACACAGAACUGCUAAAUUUCCUCUUCAUGAUUAACUUAAAAAAUAAAAUUCUUGUUCUUUGUUGAACCUUUUGAUUAACUUAAAAAAUAAAAUUCUUGUUCUUUGUUGAACCUUUUGUUUUAGACUGGCAAGUGCACUACGGUUGUUUUAUAACGAAGUGCUUAAUUUCCUCUCAUUGGUUAACGUUUAACCUUUACUUUUAGGCAGUGUUUUAACUAACACAACAUAUCACAUAAACAGUACCUUACUUUUUUGGUUUUAGAUGUAAGGAAACAGCAACAGAUGGCUCAGCUGACAAAAGAGAGAGAUCACUUAUUUGAGACGAUACGCACCUACCGGCUCCUUUUUGAAACUACGCGACAACUCAUUAACGAGAUGCAAGGUUGGUGGCAUAUUUUUGGUUCUUAGCAGUCGACACAAAAAUCUGGUCCCAAGAGUGACUAACAUCAAUUUUCUCCUAACAAUAUCACUGCAUCGUCAAGAGAAAAGGUUAUGAGAAAUAAUAAAAUGAUCACCAAACGGAAAUGCUUUGAUCUUUUAUCAAAUUCUCUCAACUAAUUCUGUAAGGAAAUGUAUGGAGAUCAGUCUGGAGAAUUCCUAUGUGAAUAUAAAUCCUCCAUAAAAAGACUCAAAAGCUGACGCAUUAAGUGCUAGCCCGUCGUCAGACCCUAAGAAGUGAGCCAUUACUAGAAGGCAAAUAAACUCUGUGGCCAUUCUCUUCCCCAGCCAUGUUAAGGUAUAUUUAUGUAUUUAUUUACUUAUUCCAUUGCCUUGUGGCGAUGAUUUUCUGACAGGAGCAGUGACCUCAGUGAAGUAUGUAACUAGUCGAUUUUUAGGCAGCGUGGCCGAGCGGUUAGAGCGCUGGGGAGGCUCCGAGUUCGAGUCCCGCUCCAACCGCUAGCUGGAUUUGUUCACGGUAGUCUCGAGUUGAAAUCCUCGGCCACGCUUGUAAAUAGUCAGCUGGUUUGCCUCCGGCCAGUUGGGAUUCUUAACCCUGUUAAGUUCAGUUUGAAUUAUUUGUUUCAGGCAUUUGCUCGGCCCCACUAGCAUUAGUGCUAUAAAUACUGCCGAGCGAAAAUAACGGAAUUAUUAUUUUUAUUAUCUGAGUUCCAAGUUCGUGGAUAUUAUUGAUAUUAUAAUGCUGUAAUGGUUACAACAGUUUUUAUUUAGUUUAUUGUAAGCUUAUUUUCAUGCAUGUUAGGGUUUAAGAUUUGAACAACCAAUUUUAUAAUUGAGCCAUAACCUUUAUUUUUGUCCACUGCAGUGUCAGUGCAUGAAGCUUCUUUACAAGAACAGAAGCUGAGAGGGGAACUCAGAAAACAGAACAUCCCUGCAAGCAGCUUAGCAUCGGUAAGGAGUAAUCCUGAUACAGGAUCGAGCCACCCUAAUGGAGUAGUUAGAGUAUACCAAGCUCAAGUCCAGAGGUCGCUGGUUUCGGUUUAACCAGAGGUCCCCUCUUUUUCACAGAGGCUUAGCGGAGACUAGAAGGGGUAAACGCACGUAGUGAAUGCUGGGAAGGGGAAGAGCGGAAGCGAGGUUUCUGCCAUUUCUCUUUGUCCGUCGUUCACACGACAACGCUUCCCAGUUAUAAAAGAAAUUAUGUUCUUGUCGUCGGAACUUCUGUUAGGGAAAAAAAUGAGGUGCAUAUGUAGCCACACGGCACUGGCUGGUUUUGAUUUAAGUUGGAUCUGAAUUCAACUCCUUGGCCAUGCCUGUUGGUGCCUCUGAAGCUUUUACGUUUACUUUCGUUUUCUUAUUUAGACGAAGUGCUAGAAAGUUGUGGAUGAUGCCUCAUUUUGUUACCGUGCGUACGUUUUGCAUAUUACCGGAAGGUCUCAUUUUGUAAAAAUCAAUUCGCACCAUAGAAUAGUAUUGUUAAAUAUCCGUUUCAUUUGAAUGGUCACACUAUAGCUCUGGGAGUGAAAGAGUUAAUCACUAGAGAGCUUUAGAUUUGAGGAGGAGAACGAGUAUGUGUAUGAGAUUUAACAUAAAGUUUCAGAAUCUAAGCUCUCUACUGCUUGUUUGUUCUUAGCCAUCAGCUGUGACUACAUUGAUAGAUGAAAUGUCAAAAAAGAGAGAUCAGAUCGCUAUUACUCCUCGCCGACAGUGUCUACUUCACCCUGGACCCCGUGGAGACUCUGGUAUUCUGGGAAAGGUUUGUUUAGUUUACUUUUCAAUGAGUUCACACUAUGCUUUAGUCUGACAAUUUUUUGCCCUUUUUCUAAAGCCAUAGCAAAGAGUGAUUUAUAAUAACCGUUAUGCAUGUUUACGUCAGACGAGUAUAUUUCACCACCCAGCCUCGUUUUGAAGUUGAAAAGUUGCCAAGUUGUGCAUAAAUGAAUUCCCAGGGCAGAAAAGUUGAAAAGAAUAUUCACGCCCAAAGGGUGCAAAUGCAAACAGUUUUGUUUACAAACGAGGUUUGGUGAAAUUUGCUCGACUGACGUAAUUAUGCAACUUCAAAUCUUAGUGACAGCCCUGACCUCGGUAAUGAAGACACUUGGCUCUACCUCGUCGGUAUACUUUUGUUGCGUGUUAGCGCUAACGCUUUUCUCUGUUCUCCCUGCAGGUAGCUCAUUUAGCUCAAGUGGUAGAUGACGACGUUGCGCGAGUACUGUCGUGGCACAUGGCAUCCGAUAUGGACUGUGUCGUUACUCUCACGACAGAAAAGGUUCGUCCGUAGACUUUCAAAAAAGUCCUUUUUCCGAUUUAAUAUGGCGCGGGACGAAGGUCGACCUUUCGCGACUUCGUCGUACGCUUGGUCGCUUGCUAAGACACUCGUGCUGUCGACUUCUAGCAAGUCUAGUUCGUUCCCUAAACCUCGUGUUUUGCCUGCUGUGCUUUUCGCUCAUAAUAAAUUCUCUCCCCUUUUGGGUAGCUAGUAUGUACGUAAGUUAUGCUGUUCCGCUCUAUCCUAUUCUACUGGACCUGUCGUUUUGUGCUCUGUAGGGUGUAUUUUUUAUUGCUGACAAGCGUUUGCGAGGUAGCUAUACUAUUGUUUGUGUAGCGAAAAAAUUCAAUUUUGUAGUAUUCUUUGUGUAGCGGCAAAUUCAAUUUGUGUCGAAUGUAAGAUCACCCGCAAACACACUUGGUCAUGACUAUCUUAGAGGUCUUCCUAUAUGACGUAGUAUAUCCGCACAGCGCUCGAUUGAAUGUUCAAGUUCCUGACAAACGGACAAUCUUGCCUGUUUAAACUGUCGAAUUCUUUUUCUUUUCCUCCGGUAUUAAUAAAAUCAAUCGAGUUAAAGGCUUCCGUGUUACCUCAGGAAUGAACCGUAACUUAAGUAUUUGCCUUACUGGUCGAAAGCACACUGAUUUCAUGAGCGAAUGUUUUACAUCAACGGGCAAAGUCAGCGACUAAUAUUUUGGCACAAAACUGUAAAUUCCUCUGCUGCUUAUUUCCUGGUAAUAAUUAUUACUGUCUCACUUCCAUGACCUCCACACAAGUCCUUUUGUAGCUCUCUAAAAUAACCAGUAACAUUUAUCUAGUUUUUUGUCACUUUUUGAAUAACACGGGUGACUGUUUAUUUUCAGGCAAAACAAGUGUAUCGCGACUCUAAUGGCCAGCAACAAGUGCUACCCUUGGAUUCUAUCUUCAGGCGUAGUUUACCAGAAUGGAAUAGGUACAGACCAAAUUAAACCCAGUUAUCAUAGACGCUGUGUCUCUCAGGAGUUUUCAAACCCAAACCUGCUUAACAAUUUUACACCAUAAAUCCUCUAUUAAGACCCCCCCCCCUCUCAAAUAUGCCCCCUCUCACUAAUAGGCCUCUCCUUUUCAGAGAAAGAAAGUUAAUAAGCCCCCUUCUCUUUAAGCCUCCAUCCCCUCCCCUCCGCUUAUUAUUCUUCAUUAUUUUAAUGAUAGACUGUAUUAAUCAGUCACGACAGUAAAACAUGGUGUGGACUGAUCCAGGACGGUUUAUUUACCAACUAGAAGUUCGGAAUUGUUAUUGAUUUUCGGCUGCAUGACUCCAACGUCUUGUACUGGAACUUUUCCUCUUUGUAUUCUAGUUCUUUAUGGUGAACUGAUACCAUCGUUUCUUCUAAAUUAGAUAACCCUCCCCUCUCUCUAACCCCUCCCCCACCUCAAAUGGGCUUGAAAUAAAUAAGCCCCCCCAAGGGGCUUUAAUUGAGGAUUUACGGUAAGUUGGUUUUUUUAACCCAAAGAAAAUUCAGGGAGUGCUCAAGUAGAGCCGAUCAAGUUUAUAAAAUUUCCUGCCCGGUUUUAUGAGUUACUCUACUACAUUAAAAUGUACUAUACUAUUAACUGCACGUUUAACCUGGCUUACACUCUCAUUCAUUCGCGUAGUCAGUUGUGAUGUCAUAUAAUGGUGAUCUAUCUUUUGAAUCUGUAGGCGAAUUCAUAUAGAACCCUCUGUUUCGGUAGGACCCUAUGCGUGAUUUUUCUUUCCUGAAUUUGUGAAAAUUAGACUAUUAACCCCCAGUGCAUUAGAAAAAGUUAGCAAUGCUUGCAGACAUGUCAGCAGCGGCCUGUGAAUAUGCUAGUGAGCACGCUCAAGAAUUUUCCAGUGGCCUCAGAGUUUUAAGCCUGUAGCGUAGCUUAGCAAUGAGUAGCCAUUAAUACUGACUGUUAAUUUUAGAGCUCUUCCACAUAUACGAGGUCAGGGCAGUUACAAUCCGUCUGGUAACCCUGUAUACGCAAGAGAUAUGUUGAUGUUUCCAACAGAGGCGGAAAAUUGCAAGCUAGGUAAUACGAAUGUGUAUGCAAGAGUACUUAUUGUAGGGCCUGUGCGACAAUAGACCAUUAGAUAAUCAUUAGCCUGCUCUAUGUUCUCUAGUUUAAAAACAACUGUUUGGGCCAACGCUCGAGAGGCGCCGGCGGAAUCUCAUGCGCGAGUGGCAAGCAGAUUGGCUCAUUCGAUAAGUUCUUGAAUGGAGAACUUCUCUAAGGCCAAGGUAAUUUGCUUGAAAGAAAGCAGUGCUGAGGGACGUUGAAUAGAAAUGAAUUUUCUGUUGAGGAAGGUGAACGUUUCGCUUACCCGUUGUCACAGAGAUACCCAUUGGUGGAGCUCCGUAAUUAGUUGCAACAAGCGAGCGUAAACGGCAAGAAUCAGUUACAUGCUCCCCCCUCCCCUAAAUUAGCCGGACGACAGUUUCUCCAAAUAGGCAGCUAAACAUUGGCUAGUAUAGGGUACAAAUACGUUAAACCCAGGAAACAGUCCCCCUUAAUGCACAACAUCCACUUCCCGUUUGUUGACAUUUCCAGUGAUUCCACGCUCAGAGGUAGAAAUAACUUUGUCAAGAUACAUUGUUAUGGGUUUAGGAACUACCACUCUUAUGCUCCGUGAACAUCUACCAAUGCUUGUUGGGUAUCAGAGGUCUUUUUAUUUUCCUCGCGUGCGGCGGGGUGCUUCGAUGUCGGUAACAGACCGAAGCCGCGAGUCACUUUCACCAGAAAUUACACUAGAAACGUCUUUGCUGUCCGGGGUAUACAAAGUUCUUCGUGACUGUCAAAAAUUUUCCUCAAACUCAAUAACAAAUAAAUGUAUCGAGAAAACAGACAAAUUCUAUACCAUGAAUUGCGACACCUAAAUCAAACACUCGAAAGAGUUUUUCAUUUGGAAUCCAAAUAACCUUGACGUCACUAUGCCUCAUUUUUCAACUCACUUCUCGUUUUCUGCCCUAGGGGGUACUCCCUAUAAUGGCCUAUACGGAGAGACUCCGCCCGAAAGGGGUACCUUUUUCAGACCUCAGGUAUAUGGAAGGGUUGGGAUUUUUACCAGUUGAAUUAUAUGAAAGUGGUGGGAAAUCUGUCCUUUGGGCCUGUGAAAGGGCUCAAAGGGCUGAGCAGAUGAAUUUCAGUGUUAUGGCUUUAUAAAGUCGGGAAAACGUUCUAUUUUUGUGAUUGAUUCCUACUUAAAGGACAAUGCAUUUGCAGCAGUUAAAAAGGGGUACCUUUUUCGUGAAAAAUGGUAUAUAAAAGGGUAAGGGGUUGGACCUCGGGGCGUAGCCUCCCCGUGUAAAAAUUUGUUGAGUACGCCCCCGGGAUUUUCUGCAUGUUUUUUGAAACUUUCCUCGGGUUUGAUUCAUUGCUUGUCUCAUUGCAGUGUUCGGUAUGUUACUGGGUGAUACACUGAUCCUAGAUGACCUGGACUGUGCAAAUAAAUACAGACAACAGGUGAGUACACUUGUUGUUAAUGCAUUUAAGGGUGAUGUUAUAUCGGACGAUUCGCAGCAACGAUUUUUAGCGCUAGACAGCGUUGCAACAUUGUUGUGACAUUGAUUCAAAUGGUUGCAACGUUGUUCCAACAUUGCCGGCAAUGCUGUGCCACGGCUGGCUAUUUCAUGUUGUUAAUAUUGCCGAUUAAGCUUCCUUGUGCGCAAUGAAACUAAACGUAAGGGGAAAAAUUUUCUUGUAAACGACAAAAUCACAGCUUCUCGUCAAAUAAAUGUCUCUCAAGCAUUAUAUGAAACGUUAAAUACGAGCAAAAUGAACUUUGGAAACUGUUAGGCUAACAAGUUUUCAAAAAUCGGUAAUUGCAAUCCGUUUUAGUCUUCCUCAGCUGAGUUUGUCCGCCCCUGCCUCUUUUUGUAUUUGCUGUGCCAUUAAUGCUUUGUUUAAAUGUUUUGAGCGGUUACGGUAUUUUUGUUUCACUCAAUUUGGUGGCGGUUUCUACUGUUAGAAUUUUGAUACGUAAUUCAUGACUCAGCUCCUUUAACAUCAAUGUACUAGUGACGACAUGACAUUUUUACAUUUAGCCUGUGUAGCUGGCGGGAUUGUUAUGCCUUAUUCAAAACGGGAGAGACUCGGAGAGGGUUGAAUCCACACCAGGCUCCAGGCUACCGUCCAGUGGAUAACUCAAUUGAUUUCCCUUAUACCUAUUCGCUAGACAGAGAUUUAUUUAUCCAGUAGAUAGCGCUGUCCAACGUUUGAACGAUGAUGGGGCGGGUUUUUCGAGCCUUUAAGCUAAUUGCAAAAUUACAGACAUAGCUGUGGCUUGAGAUAAAGCCACUAACAGACGACUGCAAUGCAAUAAAGAAAACUAUUGAUUUACGCCUGACUAUAGUGAACUUAACCAAGGACGUUUUAGAGCGACACGCACCAACCAGAAGUGGCUGUUUUGCAUCAUUGGUCAACAGUUUUUUCCCAAAUUAAAUUUCUGGCAAUUCGUCUCAGUAAGAGUAAAGAUACCGUAUUUAUUCGAUUAACCUGCCCUGGGCGCUUAUUAAAUUUUCACCAUUUUCAGCAAGUCAAGUAUGUUUAUUUUGCAACAAACAAUAAAUGGUAAUAACAAAACGCGAAGAUGUAACAAAGUAAGGUCUUUGUAAAAUGCUGUGAAGAAAACUUCGUCUUCGGGGAAGUCUCUUAUUAGUACUUAUUCAAUUUCAAUUUCAAUCUCAUUGUCACUCAAGUCAAUAAGUGAAUUCUCUGGUGCUGCCUCCUCGAUGUCCGACAUCGGGGAGUGGAGUGGGGGUGGGCGCUUAUUCGAGGUGGGCGCUAAUUUGAGGUUGGGCGCUUAUUCGAAUAAAUACGGGCUUAACAAGGCACAUUUGUUAGCGUCAAGGUAAUGAGAAAAGGUUUCACUUCCGGUUGACGUGCUACGUCCAGAAACGUCUUUGCUUAAGCGCUCUUGUGUAUUGUUAUGAUGUAGGUUGUAAAGCACACUCAUUGUCCUACGAUUCUUACCAGAGGAGGAGAUCGCAUCAGAAGUAACGGUAAGUUAUUUAGCCCAUUAACCUUUAAGUGACUAGUGUUUAAGAUUUCUCCCUAUUCUUACACUGUUCAGUCAAACAUAAAUACCGUGAGAAAAAGCACAUGAUCAGCAAGUGAAAAAGGUCUUGAUUACGCAGGAUAUGCGUGGAGAACGUUGUGGAGAAUGUUUGUAUUAAUUUUAGGGUUUAAAGGGUCGCACCAAUCCCCGUGAUACUGUUUCUUCUAGUGAGAAUUUUAAUCUCCAUAGUUUUGCUCUCUUGCAAAGGUAAAUUCGGCGGACUGCAGAACAAAGCUCCUCCUCUUGAGAGAAUGCGCGGCGCAGUGUUCGCUGCGCCUCUUCCGCUGACAUUCCAUUCACUGACAACGCAGAUCGGUGAGUGACAAAUAAAGCUCUUCUCAUUUUUCACCGCCAAUGUAUAACUCCAACAUUGCUGCUAAUGUUUUUCUUUAUUCAUUAUGUUGUCAGAACAACUACAAGCUUUUAAACAAGCCGUUAUCAAACACACACAAGCCAAGGAAGAACUUUCGGUAAGCUUAAAGAAGCGCAUCGCAUUGGUUUUUUUUUUUUCUUUCGUACACAAAUCCACCCUGCUGUCAGUCUUCUUUUCUUGAGAGCGGAUGAGAAGGGGAAGUUCUGCCUGAAUCGCGAUCGCGUCGAGUCUUGUUUUAACUCUUUAAGUCCCAAAAGUGACCAACGUCAUUUUUCUCCUAACAAUAUCCGUAUAUUGUCAUAAGAUGAGGUUAUGAGAAUUAAUAAAAUGAUCGCCAAAGAAAAAUGCCUUGAUCAUUUAUUGAAUUCUCUCAACUUAUUCUUAAAGGAAAUGUAUGGAGAUCACUUUGGAGAAUUUGUAUGUGUAUAUUAAUUGGGGCUUAGAGGGUUAAGGCCGCUUUCCUUCUUAUCGUAUUGGUGAGCGCGACCCCAUAACUUAAAGAUUUGAAUCCGCUUUCACUACUUUUCUGUUCAGAUCAGCUCGCCAGUUUAUUUUCAAAACAAAUCGUUGGUAACGGUUAGCUGAUUUACGAAUUUGAUCUUGGAGCAUUUGAAGGGAACACUUUCUCUAUCUCCUUUCUCUAACAGCUGCAGCUACAGCACGGACAAACGGAGGAGAUGAAAAUUAAACACCGGGAAUGCAGAGAGGCUGAAACCCAGUUACGCAUGAUUGAGGAGCGUUUGGGCAUGACUCCGACCCAGUACAAUAUGCCUCCCAGUCCGGCCACUAUGCUGCUGACAGAAAUCAACACUCCACCUACAAGAACAGCUACCUCGCGUCGCUCCAGCGCACGAGCUGCGGCUGCGGCUACCGCUUCUCCGACCUUAUCGACUCCGGUCGUAAAUGGUUCGAGCAACGCAUCGGGAAACACAACUUCUCCGCGAACGAGGCGAGGUGCUGCGAUCUCCCCUGAAGAUGUAAGAACCAGUAAACGAACGCGCCGAUGA